AGCUCGACGCAGGAGAUCGGCGAGGAGGCCGAGGAGGACGCCAUCUUCACCAUCACGCUGAGGAAGGUGCAGCUCCACCAGUCGGCGAGUAAAGGGCAACGGUGGCUGGGCGUGGAGACGGACUCUGCCCUGAGCCUCUACGAGACGUGCAAGGUGCGGACCAUCAAGGCCGGCACGCUGGAGAGGCUGGUGGAGUACAUGGUGUCGGCCUUCAGGGGCAAAGACUCCACCUACGUCACCAUCUUCCUCUGCACCUACCGCUCCUUCGCCACCACCAGGCAGGUGCUGGAUCUCCUGCUCAACAGGUAUGCGAAGCUACAGAAUGUGCCUGCUGCUACAGCACAAAGAGUCUCCCAGGAUGAGCGCACAGAGCUGAGAAACACCGUGUCGUCCAUCCUGGGCGCCUGGUUGGACCAGUACUCGGAGGACUUCUGGAGCCCCCCGAGCUACGAAUGUCUUCACCAGCUGCUGUCUUACCUCCACCACCACUUCCCCGGCUCCGACCUGGAGCGCCGUGCCCGCAACCUGCUGGCCCACUUCCACCGGAGACAGCAGUGUGAGCCUGAUCCUGAUGGGGAACACAUCGGCUGCCCGUUCGCCACGCAGGAGGAGAGCGGCUUUGAGGACGAGCUUCCUGCGGUUAGCUUCCUGUCGUUCGACCCCAUCAUGGUGGCCGAGCAGUUCACGCUCAUGGACGCGGACCUGUUCAAGAAGGUGGUGCCGUACCACUGCCUGGGGGGCAUCUGGUCUCAGCGGGACAAGAAGGGGAAGGAGCACCUGGCUCCCACCAUCAGGGCCACCGUGGCUCAGUUCAACUCCGUCACCAACUGCGUGAUCACCACCUGCCUGGGCAACCCCGCGCUGAAGCCCAACCAGAGGUCCCGGCUCAUCGAGAGGUGGAUCGACGUGGCCCGGGAGUGUCGGAUCCUCAAGAACUUCUCGUCGCUGCGGGCCAUCCUCUCUGCCCUGCAGUGCAACGCCAUCCACCGCCUGAAGAGGACCUGGGAGGAAGUGUCUCGGGAAAGCGUCAGAACCUUCCGCGAGCUGUCGGAGAUCUUCUCCGAUGACAACAACUACUCUCUGAGCCGGGAGCUGCUGGUGAAGGAGGGCACCUCCAAGUUUGCAACUUUAGAAAUCAACCCCAAACGAGCUCAGAGGAGACACCAGCAGCAGAGAGACCUGGGCGUGAUGCAGGGAACCAUCCCUUACCUAGGAACCUUCCUGACGGAUCUGGUGAUGAUGGACACUGCCAUGAAAGACUACACUGAGGGUGGUCUGAUCAACUUUGAGAAGAGAAGAAAGGAGUUUGAGGUGAUCGCUCAGAUCAAACUGCUCCAGCUGGCCUCUAAUAACUACAGCUUCACUCAGGACAGCCACUUCAGGGAGUGGUUCGCGUGCGUGGAGAAGCUCAGCGAGGCAGAGAGCUACAAUCUGUCCUGUGAGAUCGAGCCUCUGUCCGAGUCGGCCAGCAACACGCUCCGAGCCAAGAAGAACGGAGGAAUCAUGAAACGCUGGAGCGACCGACAGCUGACGGAGGCCGGCUGCAGCGGCGGCUCUCACUCAAAGUCCUUCGACCACUCGCACUACAGGCCGUACCAGGGGGGAGGGGGAGGGGACAGCGGCGACGCCCUCAGCGUCACCUCCGUCAGCUCCAGCGGCUCGGAUCUGGAGGACGUGAACGCCAGCUUCCUGUCAGAUUCACCUGAGGGCUACGAGAGGAAGACGUCGACUCCUUCAGUGAAGCUCACCGUCUCUGCUUUGGGGAGAGAAGCUCCGACAACAGAAACGACCUCAACGUUCUGGGAGUGCACGUCUCUGUCGUCCCUCGACACCUCGGGGAUGGGCUCCAGCUCCGGCUCGGCCUCGGGCUCCAGCAGCGCCUCGUCCUCCUCCGUCUCCUCCUCCACGCCGCUGUCGGGCUCGCGCUCGCACAAGCGCUCGGUGUCGGUGGUGUCGAACUACUCGACGCUGUCGCUGCCGCUCUACAACCAGCAGGUGGACGACUGCUGCAUCAUCAGGGUCAGCCUGGACGUGGAGAACGGAAACAUGUACAAGAGCAUCCUGGUGACGAGUCAGGACAAGACGCCGGCGGUCAUCAGGAAGGCCAUGAUCAAACACAACCUGGAGCGAGAGAAAACCGAGGACUACGAGCUGAUGCAGAAAAUCUCUGAGGACAAAGAGCUGCGGAUCCCGGACAACGCCAACGUCUUCUACGCCAUGAACUCCACUGCCAACUACGACUUUGUGCUGAAGAAGCGCGGCCUGGCCCGGCCGGUGCGGGCCAAGGCCGUGGCCAGCUCCACGCUGCCCCGCAUGAAGCAGAAGGGACUGAAGAUCGCCAAAGGCAUUUUCUGAGGAGGGAGGGGCUUCGCCACUUUCUGCCCGCCGACCCGCCAGCGUCCCUCCAGGUCUCCGCCCCCUCAGACGAGACGUUCGGAGACGAACCAAGCCGAGCCGCUCCAGUUGGAGGGACUCGCAGGAGGCGGCGGAGCACUUUAGCACUUAAAGCAGGACCCUCGCAGGACCUAAAAAAAAAAGAGUUUGUUUCGUCACAAGCUCAGGAAAACUGACACGACUCGAACUCAUCGUUUGUGGGAAAACUUCUUUUAAAUUUUUGUUUACAGUCGUUUACAUCAGCCGGUCAGAUCUCUGCACCUUCUUUUUUUUAAAAGGCCGAGACUUUUCUGGCAGCCUUCGUCUCGGACUCCUCGUCCGUCAAAACCCGGAGAAGAUCAAGUUUCAAGAUGUCAGAAUGUGUUUCUGCUUUUUCAGGGAGCUUCGGCUCGAGGUUUGAGGCGCCGGCUGAGUGUCCGAAACUUUCCCUCUGAACUCUGUGAAA